UGGCCAUGGUGCUGUGGGGUCCGGUGCUUGGAGGCUUGCUCGUGGUCGUUGUGGGAUGCCUGUGUCUGCCCGCGCUGCUCAGGCACCGCAGGCCCCAGGAGCCGCCUCUGGACAAGGGUUUUGUGCCCUGGCUGGGCCAUGCCAUGGCUUUCCGGAAGAAUAUGUUUGAAUUUUUGAAGGGGAUGCGGGCCAAGCACGGGGAUGUGUUCACGGUUCAGCUAGGGGGCCAGUACUUCACCUUCCUCAUGGACCCCCUGUCCUUUGGCCCCAUCCUUAAGGACACACAGAAAACACUAGACUUCAUAAAGUAUGCGCAGGAGCUGGUGCUGAAGGUGUUUGGAUACCAGGCCAUGGAUGGGGACCACCACAUGAUACACUCAGCCAGUACCAAGCAUCUCAUGGGGCAAGGCUUGGAGGAUCUCAACACGACCAUGCUGGACAGCCUGUCCUUGGUGAUGCUAGGGCCCAAAGGCCCGAGCCCGGACGCCAGUUCCUGGCACGAAGACGGCCUCUUCUGCUUCUGCUACAGUGUCUUGUUCAAGGCUGGCUUCCUCGGCUUGUUUGGCUACACCAAGGACAGGGCGCAGGAUCUGCAGGAGGCCGAGGCGCUGUUCGCCAAGUUCCGCAGGUUUGACCUUCUUUUCCCCAGGUUUGUUUACUCCCUGCUGGGGCCCCGAGAGUGGGUAGAAGUGAGCCAGCUCCAGCAUCUCUUCCACCAGAGACUCUCUGUGGAGCAAAACCUGGAGAAAGACGGCAUAAGUAGCUGGUUAGGCUGCAUGCUUCAGUCUCUGAGGGAGCAGGGAACAGAUUCAUCCAUGCAGGACAAAUUUAACUUCAUGAUGCUCUGGGCCUCCCAGGGGAACACCGGGCCGACCUGUUUCUGGGCCCUCUUAUUCUUGCUAAAGCACCAGGAUGCCAUGAAGGCCGUGAAAGAGGAAGCCACCCGGGUCCUGGGCGAGGCCAGACUGGAAGACAAAAAGUCUUUCGCCUUCACGCUCAGUGCCCUGAAAUGCACCCCGGUGUUGGACAGCGUGAUGGAGGAGACAUUGCGACUGGGGGCCACCCCCACUCUCCUCAGGGUGGUGCAGAAGGAUUUUGUCCUAAAGAUGGCCAGUGGGCAGGAGUACCAGAUCCGUCGUGGAGAUAAGGUGGCUCUCUUCCCCUACCUCUCAGUGCACAUGGACCCCGACAUCCACCCCGAGCCCAAGACCUUCAAGUACAAUCGGUUCCUCAACCCCGAUGGCACCCGGAAGGUGGACUUCUACAAGUCGGGCAAGAAGAUCCACCAUUACAACAUGCCUUGGGGCUCGGGUGUCUCCAUCUGCCCUGGCAGGUUCUUUGCCCUCAGUGAGAUGAAGAUUUUUAUCCUGCUUAUGGUUAUGUACUAUGACUUUGAGCUGGUGGACCCUCACAUGCCCGUGCCCCCUAUUGACCCAAGGCGCUGGGGCUUCGGCACCUCACAGCCCAGCCAUGAGGUGCGCUUCCGCUACCGCCUGAAGCCCAUGCAGUGAGCUCGUGGGCCUGACCACACCCUGCAGUCCUCAGUGGCUGCAGCCCAUAGCCAUCCUCCGGCUCUGAGGCACCCCUGCCUCCGAGACAUCACAUAGGUAGACAUGCUGCCUGAAACAUGCCAUUUCUCCCGUGUGUUUUGCCAGACCCCUCUCCCGCUCUCUCGGGAGGAGAACCCGUGGACAGCUCAGUCUGCAGCUAGGCUUGACUCAUCCUGGACAGAAUGAGCUCCCAUGAGUCCAACAUCCUCCGAAGGCUGCCUCAAACCGUCCUGCCUGCUUUAUUGGGUGCCCUACUCCACAUCCUAUGGGUUCAGUGGAGUAAACCAUGUGUGCAAUUGUUAAUUUCCUAACAGACAUGCUGAAAGAAAGCAAAGGGUUAAAGCUGA